AGGAGGCUGUGGCCCGGUUCGCGCGGCCCGGCCCCGGAUCGAACGAUUUGGGGAAAAAAGGUGUUGUGUUUCACAAAAGAGGCAAACACUAAAGCCGUUGCUGCGCUCCCCGCGGCGAUCGAACCCCGGGCCGCGGCACUCGCCGACGUUGAGGAGGUUUCCGGCGCUGGUUCCGGCGCCCUGUCGUCGGCGCCAUGAGGAAGAAGCUGGACACGCGCUUCCCCGCUCCUCGGAUUAAGAAGAUCAUGCAAGCAGAUGAAGAUGUGGGCAAGAUUGCUUUAGCUGUACCUGUUCUAGUGUCCAAAGCAUUGGAGCUAUUUCUGCAAGAUUUAUGUGAUAGGACAUAUGAUAUUACAAUUCGAAAGGGGGUCAAGACUGUGGGUUCUUCCCAUUUGAAACAGUGCAUACAAACGUACAACGUCUAUGACUUCUUGACUGAAGUAGUCAGUAAAGUUCCAGACAUUGGUCCUUCUGAUGUUAUUGCUGAUGAUAAGCUUGGCAAAAGGAGGAAAGCUGAAGAAGAUGGAAGUGAGGAGGAAUUAAAGAGGACAAGAAAUGAGACAGAAAGCUAUACAAGCAAUGGCAGAGGCCGUGGGAGGGGCCGUGGGAGAGGCCGCCGUGGACGUGGAGCUUGGCGGGAGGUUGUCACAACUCAUGAACAAUUUGCAGAGAACCAAUCUAGCAAGCUAGCCAGCCUAAAGGUGGAGGUAGCAGAUGAGGUCUCGAAUGCAACUGAAGCAAAAGAGGCUACUACACCAGUGAGCAAUGCCAGGGCUUCCAUAAGGAACAUUGACUUGAAUUUGGAUCCAACUGAUGACGAGGAUGAUGUUACAGUGCCACCCCAAGCCCAGCUGUCAGCUCCAGCAACUAGCUCCGCCGCAGCCACUGCAGGACCUGGACCAUCUGCUGCAGGACCUGGACCAUCUGUUCCACGGUCAAAGGAAGGAGCAAAACUCAAGGAUUUUCUUGGCGCUUGGGGACUGCCUGACAUGAGCAAUAUGGAGAUGGACCCUGUCCAGUUUGCUUUGUCAACAAACCAUAGAGUGGAGGAGGAUGAGGAUUAUGACAAUGAAGACUAAGCUCCGCCUUUAUAGCUUCAGAGUUGGUAAGUAGGAAUAGCAGGACAACUGUAGGUUCAACUUAACUCUGUAGCAGUUCUCAUGUAUCAUUGUAUCAUAGCCGCCCGAAGCUGCUGAUGUAGCUUACAAUGUUCCAGAGGUUAAGGUCGUUCGACUAGUUGACUGUAAUGUUCUAAAGUUAGAUUCCUGUGAACAGCUAGUGCUUCUGCAGAUAGUACCAGUUGUACAUUCCAGUUGCUUUCCAGUUUAAUGUUAAUUAGGCUUUUGCUU